CUACACGAGCCUGAAAGAAGUGACAUUCCUCCCCCUUAUCCGCCAGGCUCCCUCCUUAUCGGGAUCGUUCCACUCAUCCCAUCCUUACCGAAUCGGCAUGGCAUCAUAUGCAUCGCUGGGUAGCAAUCUACGCAAAGCGCAAUACGGUCGUCGAUAGGAGAUUGCGCGGCGCAGGGAUCUCUAUCGCUCCUCGUCCUCCUCUUCGACGGUGGCGGCGUGGUGUCGGAGUCAAUUGGAGAUUCGGCGGCGAGCAACUAUUCCCAUGUUCGAGGGAUUUCUACGUGUGCUGGGAAGAAGGCACCACCCUUUCUCCACAUCUCCGUCCUCUCACUCGCCCGCGACCUCUCUCUCACUCGUUUCCCCUCUCUGUCCGUGUCUCUCCCGUUCGACACCUCCAUCAACCGCUUCGCAUCCUAGUACGCUUCUUCACGGUAAUGGACAGGGUGGUCGUCAUUGUAGGUAUCAUCCUCUAUGCAGAUAUCAUUAUGGUCACCAUGGUCCGGUUCCAGGUAUUCUUCAAAGUCGUCGUAUUCUUCGGCCGUUGGCUCCGAUGUGCGUUCGGGACGCUCGAGAUGUUCGGGGUGCUCACUGUGCUCACCGGUCACUUUGCGGCUUUCCUAGGAUCUCUGUCUGUGAUUUACGGGUAAAUCUCCGGCUUCUGGUCUAAUGGCAAAGAAAAGGGUGUUUUGCCAUGCAUUCUCAUCUCUGUCCAUUAGGUUGCUGCAAGUUGAAUUCGGACACUUGCAGCGGAUGGUUUGCAACUUUCCAUAUAUCUUCCCGCAGAAUUGAACAUUUUUGGGUACUCUAUGGUUCAGCACUUCUCGAAACCAUGCAUGUGAUAGGAUGGUCAACACUCGUUUGCUCAUCGUAGCUAGUUCCCUUCUCUCUUUUUCACAAGAGCA